AUGUCCACCACUUUCGGUUCGAAUAGUGCGGCGAUCGCACCGAAUGCAACAGUCUAUGUUCGCAAUCUCGAGGAGCGUAUAAAACUUCCACAACUUCGCGAAGCGCUUGAAGAGUUAUUCUCUGAAUAUGGUACCAUUAUUGAAAUAAUCGCAAAGGCCAACCUAAAAGCAAAGGGUCAGGCUUUUAUUGUGUUUGACAGUGUAGCUAGUGCAACUAAAGCUAUUGAAGAAGUUCAAGGAUUUGAACUUUUUGAUAAGCCUAUGCAAUUAGCUUAUGCACGGACACCAAGUGAUUCAACUGUCAAGAGGGAAAAAGGUGAUGGCGAUGAGUUUGAGAGCCACAAGCGGAGGAGACUUGCAGAAAAAGAUAAAAAGAAAGCUGCCGAAGCUGCCGAGGAGCAAAAAAGACUAAAGAGAACUGGAGCAACCGCUAGCGUUGUACCAGAUGCCAAUGUGAGGCAAGCAAAAACCACUAGGGGUGCCGGUCUUAAAUCGACCAAUACUGGUACGACAGCAGUAAUUCCAGAUGAAUAUCUACCACCAAAUAAAAUUCUCUUCGUACAAAACCUACCGGAUGACUAUGAUAUUGAUGCCUUGACUGCUAUCUUUGGCAGGUUCGAGAAGUUCAAAGAAGUACGCUUGGUGCCAGGCCGACGAGGGAUCGCCUUCGUCGAAUAUGAAACAGAGACAGGAGCUAUAAGUGCCAAGGAGAACACAGCUGGGAUGGCUCUUGGCGAUGGUAGCAUGCUUAUGAAAGUCACGUACCAAAGACAAUAA